UUCAAAAUGUUUUCUAUCAUCACCAUUCCGUCACCCAUUGAUGGCGAUAGAUUUCCAAAAACAUUGGGUGUGUGAGGGCUGGCAGCCACUGUUGAUGGGUGAAAUGGAAUUGAGCACACGCCUGCCACAAUUUAAAAUAUUGUAAAAUUUCCUGUCAGUUUCAUAGCAGAAUCCUGAAAUUUGUGUCACUACAUUGACUUUUUUUUUUUUUUUUAACUAUUUAUGAUGGAGUUGUUUGUCGCUUUAAAAACCUUAAAUGUUAAACAUCAUGAAAUUUAAUUUGAGAAAUUUAAUGACAUCGAGAAUUUUUGUGGGGUUGUCUGUUUAAAAAAAUGACCCAGAAUUGGCAAUAUACAGGUACAGUGGUGCCUCGACAUAGGAUCCUUUCGACAUUUGACUCGUCAUUUGUCUCGACUUAUGAAGACAUGCUCGAGAUACGACGGUUUAUGACAGUGUCGCAAUUUCAUUGUUUUCCAGCAAGACGAACGCACGGCUGAUUGUAUUGGUAAAUGGUGUUAUACUUAUAUAGCGCUUUUCCACCUUUCAAGGCGCUCAAAGCGCUUUACACUAUCUCGCCAUCCUCCUACUGGUGACGCAGUACCAGGAGCAACGUGGGGUUCAGCAUCUUGCUCAAGGACACUUAGGCGAGUUCAUCAGGGCGGAGAAUCGAACCCACAACCUCUGGGUUGGGGGACAACUUCUCUACCACAGAGCCACGCCACCCCAGUAUUGUGAGAGAAAUCAACAUAGGUCUUAAGAAGGUUCUUGGAGGUGGUGAAAAACGAAAAAGGUGACGCUUACCAUUGAAAUUAAGAAGAAAAUGAUAGAAAAAUAUGUAUGGCAUGCGCAUCAGUGAACUGGCUCGACAAUCCGUCCUGAAUAUGUCUACAAUCUUAGGACGACUUUUAUUAUUGUAACAUCGGCAAGGAAGUCGCCAGCUUCGUCAGGUUUUUAAUCAUUUCAGAAUUUGUGCAACACAACACUUAUGCUGUUCGCCGUAGCCGACGCCAAACACAACAACAGAACAUAGAGAAAGUAAAAUCUCUGCUGCACCUCUCACUCCCUACAGUCACGCGGUGUGUUCAGGAGCAGCAUACAAAACACAACAGCCACAUUAGAACCCAAUUCAUUACAAUAUUAUAAUUAUUAUUACGAUUUGUAUUUAUAAUUUAUUUGUUUUGCGAUGUGUAAUUGCUAUUUAUAAUUGUACUUGCAAUAUUUAUUAGGGAUUUGGCGGGGUUUUUUGGGCUGUGGAACGUAUUAAUCAAAUUAUAAUGUAUUCUUACGGGAAAAUCCCGCUUGACAUACGACCAUUUUGACAUACAAACCAGGUCCUGGAACGAAUUAAAUUCAUACGUAGAGGUACCACUGUAUCUGUCUCUUCUAAGUGGUCUUAAAAAAGUCUUAUAUUUCAGUUAAUGAAACCUGUAAGAAACCCUGGUUUUAGAUAUACAGGGCUGCCCAAAAGUAUUGGCACCACAAUUCUGACAGAUAGUGCUGAAUUUCACCCAGAAAAUGAUUGAAAUUACAAAUGCUUUGGAAGUAAUAUCUUCAUUUAUUUUGCUUGCAAUGAAAAAACACUCGAGAAUGAAAAAAAAAAAAAAAAAAAUCAUUAUUAUUUUACACAAAACUCCAAAAAUGGGCUGGACAAAAGUAUUGGCACCCUUUGAAAAAUCAUAUGAUGCUUCUCUAAUUUGUGUAGUUAAUAGCACCAGUUACUUACCUGUGGCACAUAACAGGUGGUGGCAAUAACUAAUCACACUUGUAGCCAGUUAAAAUGGAUUAAAGUUGACUCAACAUCUGUCAUGUGUCUUUGUGUGUACCGCAUUGAGCAUGGAGAAAAGACCAAAGAACUGUCUGAGGACAAAAUUGUGAGGAAGCAUGGGAAAUUAAUCUCCAAAGACCUGAAUGUUCCUGAGUCUUCUGUGCCCAGUGUCAUCAAUAAGUGUAAAGCCCAUGGCACUGUGGCUAACCUCCCGAGAUGUGGAAUGAAAAGAAAAAUCGACGGGAGAGAUUUCAACGAGAGAUUGCGCGGAUGGUGGUUAAAGAACCUCGACUAACAUCCAAACAAGUUCAAGCUGUUCGACAGCCGAGGGUAAAACAGUGUCAACCCGCAUUAUCCGUCGGCGUCUGAAUGAAAAGGGACUCUAUGGUAGGAUACCCAGGAAGACCCCACUUCUGACCCAGAGACAUAAAAAAGCCAGGCUGGAGUUUGCCAAAACUUACCUGAGAAAGCCAAAAGCGUUUUGGAAGAAUGUUCUCUGGUCAGAAAAGACAAAGGUAGAGUUAUUUGGGAAAAGCCAUCAAGAUAAUAGUUUACAGGGAAAAACGAGGCCUUCAAAGAAAAGAAUAUGGUCCCCACAGUCAAACAUGGCGGAGGUUCCCUGAUGUUUUGGGGUUGCUUAGCUGCCUCUGGCACUGGACUGCUUGACCGUGUGCAUGGCAUUAUGAAGUCUAAAGACGACCAACAAAUUUUUCAGCAUAAUGUAGGGCCCACUGUGAGAAAACUGGGUCUCCCUCAGAGGUCAUGGGUCUUCCAGCAGGACAAUGACCCAAAACACACUUCAAAAAGCACUAGAAAGUGGUUUAAGAGAAAGUCCUUGAGACUUCUAUAGUGGCCAGCAAUAAGUCCAGACCUGAAUCCGAUAGAACACCUGUGGAGAGAUCUGAAAAUGGCAAUUUGGAGAAGGCACCCUUUAAAUCUCAGAGACCUGGAGCAGUUGGCCAAAGAAGAAUAGUCUAAAAUUCCAGCAGAGCAUUGUAAGAAACUCAUUGAUGGAUACCGGAAGCGGUUGUUCGCAGUUAUUUUGUCUAAAGGUUGUGCUACCAAGUAUUAGGCUGAGGGUGCCAAUACUUUUGUCCGGCCCAUUUUUGGAGUUAUGUGUAAAAUUAUCCUUUCAUUUUUUUUCCCAUUCUCUUUUGUUUUUUCAUUGCAAGCAAAAUAAUGAAAAAUGUUACACUAAAGAAUGAGAUGAUAUCCAAGAAAGCUGAGGUUAAACUUUGUGGCUGUCAUUUCAAAAUAUAUGUUUGGCUUAAAUUCAGCUGAAAUUAAAGUCUUAGUGGAGGUUGAAGAAAUUAUUAGUGGUUCCAAACGACAUCUUGCAAGAGACAAAUAGACAAAAAAAAAUGCAGCCAAAAUAGCUGGAAUUUAGGAGGCCUAAUAAAAUACAUUGUCACAGAUUCAGACUAACAAUAAUAUUCUCCAUUCACUCCUUUUGACUUUUAACUUUUGACUUUAAACUCUCCUUUGGCAGACCCACAAAAAAUAUCUAUUGCCUGACCCAGAAAACAUAUUUAUAGGUGGACCCACUUAAAAAAAAAAAAUCAUUCAUUGGCAACAGUUGGCAUUCAACUAGAACCCACAAAAAAUCUCCAUAGACCCACCAAAAAACAUGUCAAUGGCGCACCCACUAAAAAAAAAAAAAAAAAAAAAAAAAAAAAUUCUUAAUUGUCUCUGACAUUCAACUAGAAGCCACAAACGAAAUCUCCAGUGCUGGACCCACACAAAAUCUCCAUUGACAGACAUACAGAAAAAAUAUCCAUUGUCUCUAAUUGACAUACAACAAGGAGCCACACAAAACGUGGCUGAUGUCAGCCGUUUCAACUUCAAACUGUUCUGCUCGGUCCCCUUGAAAUAUUCAUUCAUUCAUUCAUUUUCCAUGCCGCUUUUCCAAAAACAUGCAUGGUAGGCUGAUUGAACACUCUAAAUUGUCCGUAGGUAUGAAUGUGUGCGUGAAUGGUUGUAUGUCUCCUUGUGCCCUGCGAUUGGCUGGCAACCAGUUCAGGGUGUCCCCUGCCUACUGCCCGUAGUUGGCUGGGAUAGGCUCCAGCACCUCCGCAUUUUGGGAAAAUUCCCACAAAAAAAACUCAUCAUUAAACUGUGUUGAGUUAUUUGACUUCAUGGUCGACAUCCUUGGACCCACAAAAAAAACACUCCACUGGCUGUCAUUCCUGUUGACCUCCAGCCCAUGAGCAAUAUAUUCAUUGGAUUCUAUUGACUACCACCACAGAACCACCCACAAAAUCUAUUGGUAGAACCUGAAGAAGUAUUACUUUGCUCUCAUUCACAUUCAAUUAGGACCCACAAAAAAUGUUACAACAAAUGCCUCAAGGACCGGUAGCGUGGCGACCGGUAGCUGUUCAAAAAAACUUCUAGAACUGGAAUUAAGAAGGCUUAUUAAAAUUCUCAUUUAAAAUCAUGUGUAAAUCACUCUGUCAAUAAAAGUCUUAUCUGGAUUGCAGAUUUCCACACUUAAGCAACAACUGGACGAAGAGACGCGGUGGCGACAGGCCUGCAUCCACAAGGUGCUUUAGCCGGGCGCACAUUCAAAUAUUUAGCACCCACAACAUGCUGGACGAUAACGUGGACUGUUUACGACAUUGAACUGACUGGACAGAACCAAAAACACUCUCUUGGGACAAACCAUUCACUCAUUCCCUGCAUUGACGGUGAAAGAUGUCCAAUCCUUUUGAACUGACAAGCUGGCAACGAACGAAUGAUGAUGAUGACCGUCAAUGGCCGAAAUUUAGUUAAAGCGGAAGUUCAGAGUUUUUUACAUAAGGCUUAAUCUUUGAGUUAGCUAGGGUUUAAUUAGUCGGUGAAGUUGAUUUCAAGAAAUUCAGUUUAGUUUACUAGUUAGUUAUUUGUUAGUUUCAGGGCUCUGGAGUGGCUUAGCUAGCGCGAGUCAAUGGGGCCAGCUUAGCAUGCCAAUAAAAAAAACGAUACAGAUCAAUGAACAGAUCCAACAUAGUCAAAUAAACUCCAAAACACCCUUGCGGACAAAACCAAAAAACUGCCGUAAUUCAUUCUAUUUUUUUUUUGUUUGUUUUUUUUUGAGAUGUGUAAAAUGUCCUGAAUAGAGAGGAGUGCUUCGGCCACUCGUGCUCACGCUGCAUUCGAGGAAGGUGAGAAGUCGGAUUUAUCCUGCUCGGAGGGUACCAGAUGCGACCUCAAAGCGUUCCAAGCGAAUGUAAACGGCAAAGAUGGCUGAUCGCGACAAGUUGUUUAUUAUUUUGGCCAUCAAAAGACAUUUUGAAUUCUGGCAAACCUACCUUCUCGGAAGCGAUCAAAUAGUGGAGGCGUUCCAAUGAUAUUUUUCCAGAUAGAAGGUUGUAAACUUUGUCUUCCCACCUUCCUCGAAUGCAGCAUCAGUCUGCUGAGUUAACUGGUGGCCAGCAACAUGGUAAAAUGGGCAAAGGAAAGUUUCCAAAAAUUCCCUAUGAAGAACGAGAAACAAUAAAAACUGGUUACUUGCUACUGGCUCUGACAUAAAACAUCAGCAGUGGAAAAAAACCGAUGUGAUAUCACUCCGCAUCCUCUGCAAAGCCUCUGGAUUACUAAUGUUGUUGUUGAUACUGCAAUUAUUGAUAUGCAAUGGUACGUUUUAAUAACUUUAUCCUGAAAACAUAACCAACACUAUUGAUUGCAUGGGUCAUCGAUGAUUUACCUAUGUUCAUAUGUUGUUUUUUAUUGGCAUGCUAAGUCAGCCCUAAUAGGCUCGAGCGUUUACGUCACAGCAGCACGGGAUCAUGCGAGAUUUGCGACAACGCAGCCAUAUUGGAAGCACGUCUGCAUCACGGGACAUUUGGAAAGGCAAGGCAAAUGUAUUUAUAUAGCACAAUUCAACACAAGGCAAUUCAAAGUGCUUUACAUCACAUGAAGAUCAUAAAAAUCACAUUUAAAUCAAUACAACGUAAAAACGAAGACAAUCAAAAUCGGAAAUAAAAUUAUACAUAAAGAUUGCAUUUAAUCACAAAUAGAAUAAAAAUAAAUAAAAAUAAAACAAAAACUACUACUACUAAUAAUAAUUGAAAUCAGCAAUGGAGGUAAGCACAAGAGGAAUAGAAAGCAAGUAGAUUGAAAUAUAUAGACAGUUAUGGAUAUGCAGUGCUAAACAAAAGCGUUUUUAGCCCUGAUUUAAAAGAGCUAACAGUUUGAGCAUACUUCAGACGUUCAGGUAACUUGUUCCAGAGGUGAGGAGCAUAAUAACUAAAUGCUGCCUCACCCUGCUUGGUUCUUGUUCUUGGAACAUGCAGAAGACCGGUUCCAGAUGACCUUAGGGGUUUAGAUGUCUCAUAGGAAUCUAACAAGUAAAGCAUGUAUUUUGGUCCAAGGCCAUUAAGUGAUUUGUAGACGAGCAGUAGUAUUUUAUAGUCCAUCCUUUGACUCACUGGAAGCCAGUGUAGCGAUUUCAAAACCAGUGUAAUGUGGUCCAACUUCCUUUUAUUUGUGAGGACUCUGGCUGCAGCAUUCUGGACUAGCUGCAGCUUCCUGACUGAUUUUUUUAUCAAGACCCAUAAAUAUACCGUUGCAAUAGUCCAAUCUGCUGAAAAUGAAUGAAUGCAUAAGUUUUUCCAUGUCUUGUUGAGUCAGAAGCCCCUUAAUUCUGGUCAUAUUUUUUAGGUGGUAAUAAGCGGAUUUAGUGACGGACUUUAGAUGGCUAUCCAAUUUUAGGUCUGAGUCAAUAAUUACGCCAAAGUUUCUGACUUGAUUUGUAGCUGUAAGUGACAUUGUCCUAAGUUGCCUGCUUAUCUUUGACCUUUCCUUUUUUUGGCCCAAAAAUGAUCACCUCUGUUUUCUCCACAUUUAACUGGAGAAAAUUCUGGCACAUCCAUUCAUUGAUUUGAUGAAUGCAUUUACUCAGGGAGACUAAGGGACUAUAAUCAUGUGGGGACACAGAAAUGUACAGUUGUGUGUCAUCUGCAUAUGCGUGAUAGGAGAUGUCAUACUGUUCCAUUAUCUGAGCUAACGGAAGCAUAUAGAUGUUAAAUAAGAGUGGUCCAAGAAUUGACCCUUGAGGGACUCCACACGUGAAUUUGGUUCAUUCUGACUGAUGGUUUCCGAUUGACGCAAAAAAAUUCCUAUCAUGUAGAUAGGAUGUGAACCACUGAAGAAUAGUGUCAGUAAGCCCUACCCACUGUUCCAAUCUGCUGAGUAGUAUGUUGUGAUCAACCGUGUCGAAUGCGGCGCUGAGAUCCAAUAGUAACAGAACAGGUGAUUUGCCUGCAUCGGUAUUCCGACGAAUAUCAUUUAGGACUUUGAUAAGCAUGGUCUCGGUGCUGUGUUGUGGCCGAAAUCCAGACUGAAAUGAGUUAAUAAGAUUGUUUUGCAUCAUAAAAGUCUGGAUCUGUUCGAACACAACCCUUUCGAUAAUUUUCCCCAGGAAUGUCAGAUUUGAUAAUACAAUUCAACUACGAGUGCCAAAGAUGGAAAAAAGUAAGGAAAACUUGCCAGUUCGAUACAGAGACAAACUUGUUACCACGGCGAAGGACAUAUAUGUGAGCAAACCUAAGGAUGUGAACAAUGUUGACCCUUACGAGCAAGCCGAACACAGAUGGAAAAAAAAGGUCGACAAACUUCCACCGCUACGCGAAAUGGACAUCAUGCUGUAUUUAGUGUUUGGUGUAAGUUACUACACUCAUCAGCAAUUCCGAAACUACAAAUCGCAACAAAGUUACGAACAGUUUUGCUGCGGAUCGGUGCAGGACCUGCACAUUAUGACCAUAGCAAACGGCAACACCAUCGUUCUUGCAAAGGUACACAAUGUGUGUUUACAUUUUCAUUGUCAUGAACAUCUGAAUUUGUGCUGUGCUGAGCUGUGAUCGUUAAGUGACAACUGAGUGCUGUGUUUUAGAAAACAGAUUUGUUGCAGACAAUGUAGCCUGCGUACAAAUUCUUUGCCACUAUCUCACGGCAACAUGUUACAGCUUUUUCAAUUAGAAACGACAGGAAUUAUGUCUUAUGAAGACGAUUCACAUGUAUGCAUGCUAUUUGUUUAGCUGUAGCUAUAGCUAACAACACGCCAACUUAGGGCAUAAAGUUACCGAAAUUUGCGUAGACAAACGAAAUUAACUUACCGGAGUGGAAGUGCAUAGAGCAAACUCUGUGUGUAACUGGAGAAUCAAACGUUAUGCCCUUCCUUCUGAUCGAGGCCACCCAUGCCAUUCUUCGACGUUCAGUUAGUUCAGAUAUGAGCUUUCCCUCGCCUUUUCUCCAUGUAGGGAUCCGGAAGAAACUCAAUGGGGUUCCGUCGAGCCGUACAUUCUCCUUUUUAUUCGAUCGGUUGUUGCAAUUCUUUACCAAACAAUAAUUUCCAAUCAUUUUUAAAGAGCGACCUGAGUCGAAAUGCCUCACUGUUUAUGUUUCCCAGAGUUCUGACACCAAACUUCCUGCUUCCAACAUGGCGAUAGGGGCGGAAACCUCACGAGUGCCACGUCAUACGCUCGAGCCUAAUUGACUCGCGCUAGCUUAGCCACUCCGGAGCCCUGAAACUAACAAAUAAUCAACUACACGGAAUUACUUGAAAUCAACUUCACCGACUAAUUAAACCCUCGCUAACACCAAGAUUAAGCAUGAUGUUGAAAAAUUCUGAACUUCCCCUUUAAAGUGAAAGUUUCCGAGGUGAGAGUUAAUUCAUUUUAAUAAAAUUUUUUGGGGGGGAAAUGAUUCAAAAAGAGGCUUCAAGUUGUAUCAUGCCAUUCUAAAUUGUUGUUCAACAUUUUUUUUUUUUAAGUCAAUUUACUAUUAAAUGCAAUUCCAUUCAUUUUAAUGGAGAAAAAUGAAUUCAAUCUUCUUUGUUUAAAGUCAGAUUUUCUUGACACGUUUGCAGGAGUUUGGGGUAUCGGGGGUUGGAUUUUGGUAAGACAGAAGUGUCUUUCACAACACGCUGACCAGCUAAAUAAAAAAAUAAAAAAAAGUGUGGAUUUAGUGUUGUGGCUGAGAGAUGAACUGCUGACAAACCACAAAAGGGGGUGUGUGUGGAAAGCUGUUUCAGCAUUUAUUCGAUAUCCAUGGACUAAUAUUUUUUUUUAGUAUCAGACAAUUUAUAGUAGGAUAUGUUACUAGCAUAUUACACUGGCAUAUUACUACAUUAAACUGGAUAUCAAGUAUAGACACACGGAUACGUCUCAUGAGUGCGCCUCCUUGUGCGAAUGUGCGUCCUCUCGACUUCAAGCGGCCCUUUGAUUAUCAUAGCCCCGCCCCCGGCUGUGUCCGGUUACCGCCCCCUGCCUCGCCAUUGGCCGGCACCGGCUAAUUAUGCAAGGUGGUCUUUCCCCGCUGUAGGUGGGGCCUGAAAGUGAAAGAAGUCCUUUAGCAGGCUUAGAAUAGAGCGCUUUUAUUGAGGAUAUCUCACAAGCUCAGCCAUCAGGGACUCCCCUAAAAAAAAUUGUUUACACAAAAAAAAGGCUUGUUGAUUCUCAGAGCAGAAUGCGAGGAAUCCCCAGUAUUCCGCAUACACGGCGGAGCUGAAGGACCAGCGUGAGACCCUCCGACGACUUGCUCCCCACCCCCCGAGGUGGGUUCGAGUCGGGGCCUCCUCCAUCCGAUCCCCCCCUAGGGUGGCUGAGGCCAUGCUGCCGGCGCUGGUCUUGCUGCGUGCCUUGCUGCUGCUGGCUGGAGGGGCGGAGGCGGCCGUGCCCUUGGAGGACUUCUACCCCUUCGGUGCAGAGCGGGGGGACGCGCAGACUGUGGCCCAGGACGACGGAGGCUCGGGGCUUCUGGAGAUCUCUGUGGCGUUCCCCUUCUUUGGAGACAGGCACACGGGGCUCUAUGUGAACAACAACGGCCUGGUGUCCUUCAUCAGAGAGGUGUCCCAGUUCACUCCGGUGGCGUUCCCCAUUGCCGGGGACCGCCGGGUGGUGGCGCCCUUCUGGGCCGACGUGGACAACCGGCGGGCGGGACGCGUGUUUUACCGACAGAGCCGCGAGCCGGACAUUCUUCGCCGGGCGGGCGGCGACAUCAGAACGUACUUCUCGGACUUCCCCGAAUUUAACGCUACGUGGGUGCUCGUUUCCACUUGGCAGCAGGUCACCUUCUAUGGGGGAAGCUCCACUACUCCGGUGAACACAUUCCAAGCAGUGCUCAUUACGGACGGUGAGCUCUCCUUCACCAUCUUUCAGUACAACAACAUCACUUGGACUACCGGCAGGCACGCUAGCAGCGGGGGGGACGCAAACGGCCUGGGGGGCAUCGCGGCACAGGCAGGUUUUAACGCGGGCGACGGCAUUCGAUACUUCAACAUUCCAGGCUCGCGCACUCGAGAUGUGGCCGGCGUGGGGGCGACCACCAAUGUGGGUUUUCCGGGACGUUGGGUUUUUCGCAUCGACCACGCCAACGUCGAGGUGGGCGGCUGCAACAAUUCGGCGUCGGUGUGCCCGCACCUGAGACCGUGCCUUAACGGGGGGCGAUGCAUCGACGACUGCAUCACCGGAAAUCCGUCGUUCACCUGCUCCUGCUUGUCGGGGUUUACCGGACGACGCUGUAGCAUUAAUGUGGACGAGUGUGCUUCAUUUCCUUGCCUUAAUGGCGGAACGUGUCAAGACCAUGUGAACAAUUUCAGCUGUGAAUGCCCACCUGGAUACACUGGAACUCUGUGUGAAACAGAUGUGGACGUGUGUGACUCUACGCCGUGUUUGAAUGGUGGCCAGUGUGUCAGCCACGGCGGUAACUUCACCUGUGUUUGUCCGGCGCCGUUCACCGGAGUUGUCUGCGAGUCAGAGCUAAUGGAGCUUCAACUGAAUUUCACUGAGUCCAAAAACCAAAGCGACUCGUGCCAGCACGACGACUGCAACAAAAACCGGAUCUGCCAAUCGGAUGACGACUCCGGAACGCGCCGGUGCUCGUGCGCCCCGGGUUACUACGGCGACACGUGCCAAGAUGAAUGCCUGUGCCAAAAUGGCGGAGUCUGCGUGGACGCCAACGGAACAUGCGAUUGUCCAGCCUCCUACACGGGACUCUACUGCCAGUUUGAAGUGACACAUAGGCCGUGCAAUAACCACCGUCCGUGUCCCGACGGGGGUUCGUGUUUGGAGUACGGUGGUGCGUAUCUGUGCACCUGCCAGACCAGCGCCGCAGAAUUGGACCAGCGGGACUUUUACCCCUAUGUACAGCCCCGAUCAGUCUGCGACUCCAGCCCGUGUCUCAACGGCGGUUACUGCUACGAGCGACACGGAGGGUAUACAUGCCAAUGCACUCAUGGACAUUGGGGCAAGCACUGCGAGAAAGUGCGACUAAACACGUGCGCCUCCAGUCCGUGUCGCAACGGAGGCUCGUGUAAGGACGAGGCGGGCAGCUACAGAUGCGUGUGUCCUUACAGAUUCACGGGCAAACACUGUGAAGUGGGGAAGCCCGAUCCGUGCACGUCCAGUCCUUGUGUCAACGGUGGGACGUGUUUUCACUACAUCGGGAAGUACAAGUGCGAGUGUACCGAUUUCUUCACCGGAAGGCACUGUGAGAUCAACGUGGCUGACAAUACGCAACUUCACGCAGAAGGAGGUUGCGGCCUGCCGCCGCAGGUGGUAAACGCUGAGGUUCAGUUCUCGUCCACCUUGCCGGGAUCGGUGGCUGUUUACACGUGUCGGACGGGGUAUGUGGCGGCACCCAGAGCCACGCAGAGCGUUUGCGGCGUCCAGGGCGACUGGAGUCAGCCUCCUAUCUGUGAGGAAUUCAACGAAUGCUGGUCCGGGCCGUGCGCUAACGGUGGGACGUGCCGCAACCACGGCGGGUCGUACCUGUGCGACUGUCAACAAGGCUUCAGCGGGAAACGUUGUCAAACUGAUGUGAACGAAUGCCUGUCGGAGCCAUGCAAGAACGGAGGUACUUGCGUGAACCACUUGGGGUCAUACUUGUGUCAAUGUCCGUUGGGCCUCAAAGGACGCCAUUGCCAAACAGAGCAGGACAGCUGUGAGUCCAACCCGUGCCUGAACGGCGGCGCGUGUCGCAGUUUCAAGAAGACGUAUGCGUGCACGUGCAAAGAGGGUUUCUUCGGCGACCAGUGCCAGAUGUUGGAAGAUCCUUGUGUACUCCAUCCAUGCGGGAACCGAGGCGACUGCCGGAGUGACAGGAGAGGAAACUACAACUGUGUGUGCAAAGCUGGACACACCGGGAAAGACUGUGAAAAAGAUCUGCUACCCCCUUCUGGCCUCCAUGUGCAACGUGUGGAAGAAAGCGAACUGGAAUUGCGCUGGGACCAACCAGAAGCGGCGUCUGCGGCGUGGCUAAGCGGCUUCGUGGUGACGUACGCGCCGCACGGUCGCGGCGGCGGCGCCCGUAAGGUGGACUUCCUGGACCGGCAGAGGCAGCGGCACGUUCUCCGAGGCCUUCUACCCGGGCUUCUUUACAACAUCUCCACUUACUCCAUCAAGCGCAACGCCAACAGCGACCACGUUAGCCAGCCGGCCACUGCUCUCAUACGCACAAGGCCUCGACGAGUGGAGAAUCUUGAAGUGUCGAACGUGUCAUCGUCCGAAGCGAGGCUGAGCUGGAACUUCGACUUUAAGGCAGCUCGCCACGCGCCACUUAGUGCCAUACGGGUUACGCUAACGCCCGAAGACGGCGGAGGAACGCAAACGUUUCUGCUUAAUGCUAGUGCCGGAGAACACGUCUUCAAUUCUUUACUUCCUGCUCACAUGUACACGGUGGACGUGUUGGCCCAAAGUGGACUCAGACCUGAUGAGUUUCCUUCCACGAGUCGGUCGGCAGGACCUCUGCAGUUUUGGACCAAGCCCCUCCCCCCUCAGAACCUCUCUCUAUCCCACGUUGCCGCCAACUCGGCGGCCGUCGCCUGGACCCGCCCCCCGGGCCCCGUUUCCGAUGGUUUCGUGAUAAACGUGACACGGGGUCUUACCACUAGAAGCCGCUUCCUGCCUGGCGGCCUGCUAGGCUCUUACACCCUGCGGGAGCUGACGCCUGCACAGCGCUACCGGGUCGCCCUCACCUCCGUCAAGAAGGCGGGUCGAGAGCAAGUCCACAGCCAGCCUCGGUACUUGGAUUUCACCACCUUGCCAAUGGAGGCCAGGACAGGAAGACGAGAACGACCAACAAAGCCCGGACGAAGGCCGAUCCAGUCUCAGGAGCUCGGAGGUGCAGCCGAACCGAGGUUUACUGAGUUGAUUGACAGGAGAGGAAAGAUCACAGCCAAAUUUGCCCACCUGCCAAGAAAAGCCAUUCGACAUCGGACCAAACCGCAGCAGCCCGUUCCAUUGGAGAGGAUGGAGGAGACCACCAACAAAAUCAGCCUGGCGCUGGAGAUUCAAGAGGAGACCACGUCCAGGACCAAACCUGAGUCGUCCCAGGACUGCCUGAGUGUGCCCUGUCUGAACGGCGGCACGUGCACAAACAGCAGUAGCAGCGACUCGCACGUCUGUGACUGCGCCGACGGUUUCAAAGGCAAUCGCUGUCAACUGUCAUGCCAGCGAGUGGCUCACCCGUGCACUCGCCUCUAUUCGGAGACCAAGAGCAUGCCUGUGUGGGAGGGUGACGUCUGCCACUACGUAUACAAAAGAACGUACAAAGUACAGCAAGACGUUUGCUACCAAGAAGUUUGCGAACCAACGCUCCACAACAAAAGUCAGGUAACCGUCAGAAGAACAAGCACACAGCAGUGAAGAUUUAUGUGCUUUCACCCCCCCCCAAAACUCUAAUCCAAUCCCACCCAAAAUGGGAAGAAGGGAAACGUCCACGUUUGUGUUUAUAAUGUACUUGAAGUGGCUGCUUGUAAAGUGUAAUGCGAUGAGGACACGCUGCGCGGUUUCAAGAUGCAGGACUCCUACAAUUUCCUCGCCACUCACAGGAACUCAUCUCUUUUCUUCUGAUGUUGGCGCAAGAUUUCCUUUGUAAAAUAUCUUUUAUUGUUAUUAUUUUUAUGUAUUAGCAGGCAUCGCUGCUCUUUAUGCUGUAAAUAGUGUUCAUAGGUCAUUUUUG